GAAGAAGAAGAAGAAGAGCUCGAGUCCCUCCUCCCUCCCUCUUUUCACGCGCGUUGUUGACACGCGGCGCUGCGUGAUCGCGUCCCCAGUUUGACUUCCGGACACUAAUAUGAACAAGACAAGCUACAGCUAAGCGUUCACGCAAGAGUUAACCACAAGAAUUGGACAAAAUGUCGGAUUCAGACUCUGACUCUGACUAUGGCGCUGACUGGGAAGCGGUCAGAGAUAAGAUGACUGCGAAACUCAUGGCAGCUUCGACAAAUGAUACAAUUAUUGCCCUCCGUCCAUCAGAGGAGGUUUUUGAACGAUGGAGUCGUAUCGCUAUCGAAACCAGAGCCGAGGCUGCACAGCGGAUGAAGCUUUGUGCCUUCUGGCUUCCCAUCCUGCUGCAGCGUGAAGAAUGCACGACUACUGCUUGGGCUUUACAAAUAGGUCUAAUCGACUUAAAUGACGAUCUAAGUCUUAAGCACCUUCACAAGAUAGAAGUAUUGGAAGCAAUCUUCAGAGCGCUGGAGAAAGGAACUUUGAAAAAGGACCAAACCAAACAUGUUAUCUGGAUAAGCAACAUGUUUAACUUGCGCUCCCCAGAGGUUUUGGAGGACGCCUUACACUGGUUGGAGCGAACAGGAGAACCUUCUAUUCGCCGGUACAUCAUGGAUCUCGGCCAUCCAACCACCUGCUUCAAAGCCCUGCACCUUAUCUUCACAGAGUUUGCUAAGUAUAUUCAGAAUAUGGGUAACAACUUGGAGAAGACCAUGAAGGCACUGAUGGCUCAACCAUCUGACUAUAAUAAAGAGAAAAGUGAAGAAAUGAAAAAGAAAGGAAAUGAGAACUUCACUAAAAAUCAGUAUGAAGAUGCUGUGAAGUUUUAUUCCAAAGCCAUCAAAUUUUACCCUGACAACCACAUAAUUUAUGGGAACAGAGCCCUAACCUAUCUCCGAAGUCAGAAAUAUCUAAAAGCGGUUGGUGAUGGGAAACGUGCUAUUUUGAUAAAACCUCUCUGGGCAAAGGGUCACUACCGCUACUGUGAGGCUUUGUUCUCCUUGGGGGAGGUCAAAAGAGCUAUCGAAGCCAACAAGUUAGCUCAGACUUUGUGUAAGCGUGACCGAGAAGGAGUCAAAGAUCUGGAACAACAACUGCAGAAAUUCAUGGGUGAACAGGCAGUCAUUCAGCAAGCAGAUGGAACGCUCACAGUUCUAGAGCCGAACAGAAUUCGCACUACAAGCACUCACACAGUAGUUGAUCUGUCCGGUUUGAAUACAGGAUCGUCUCUAAGGAUCGGCCUAGUAAAAAACGCCCCCCCACAGACAAAGGUCCUACACGGUAAAGGAGAGAAGAAGCCAGUGAAAAAUGUGAAAAAUGAAAAGGCUACACUGGCAGUGCAGAGCAGUCCUAAAGUCUCUAAACCAUUAAAAAGUGAGGUGCCUUUAAAGAAUGACAAGAAAGUGCCAACGACAAAAGAGUUCAGCGUCACGACAAAGAAGAAAUCAAAGAACAGAAAAAGGUUUGAAGACGAGAAGUUGGAAGAAAGUAAACCAGGCGUGUGCAAACAGUUCAAAACUAUGGUGCAGGAUGGCUAUACCGCUCUGGCUGACCACCGUAGCCGCAAUGCAGAGCAGGCCUUCAGGCAGGCAGUGGAGUUUCUGGAAAACAGCAAGGAACUUGGACUUUCCACAAUGGAUGUUCUGUUGCUACAUUUUGGACGAGUAUCAGCCCUGACAGAUAUCGGCCUGCCUGAGGAACUUGGGCAAGCACACAGACUUCUGGAGAAGAUGAAAUCAUAUGAGCUGAGGACGUUUCAGUGUCUUGUUUUCUACGCCAUCGGGCGGGUGUAUUUCAGAGAGAACAGGUUUGCUGUGGCUCUGAAGCAGUUUUCAGAUUCCCUGCAGAUGGUCAAGAAUCAAAUAACGCCAGGUAAACUCACCUGGCCUUUAACAAAAGAGACUGUCAAAGAAACACAGCCAGACUAUUUCAAGAAUAUUCUGGAGGAAGCUAUAGAGUUGUGCAGAUUUCCUCCUAUGCCUGAUGCCAUUUGUCGACACGAGAAAUGUCACGGCCAUUUGAAAGCUGAAAUCUACUUCACAGACCCAGAUUUUAAGGGCUUCAUUCAAAUUUGCUGCUGUCAGAGCUGCAUCAUCGAGUACCACAUGACGUGUUGGAAGACACUGAAGUCGACGUUGUCCUUUGAUAAGAGUGAAAAGGAUUUCCUGCAAGAUUCCUGUUUGACUCCGGACUGUGUCGGAAAAAUCUGUAGUAUCAAAAUCUUUGGGCCAACAGGCCUAGUGAAGUGUAAGUUUGAAGCUACCAUCACCAAACCACAGACUCCAAAGAAGCCAAAAGUCAAUCAGAAAUGUACAAGUCUGAAGAAGUUAAAAUCAAAGGAAGAGCGCCAACUCAAGAGGAAGCAGCAUAAGCAGUCAUUCCAAGAAACGCCGGUUAUCAAAGACGAGAUUCUGCAGGAGAAAGAAGACCCAACAACCCAGAUUCAACAGAAAGCCUGGCUGCUGUACAGAGAUCGAGUUCUUCUGCAGAUCAGCCAGAACAUGGAGCUUCUGAAAGAGGAGAAGGGCCUCCAGGUGUCGACCCUGACCAGCAGUCUGAAGCCCUGGCUUGAACUGGAUUUGUCAAGGGGGAACCAGAUAGCUGGGAGGAUACUGAACUGGCAGGAAGAGCAGCUGGAGAGUCUAGGUCAGGUCACUGAGCUGCUACUAGAGAGGAGGAACCGGGUUUGGGCUCGUGUCCUUAUCCAGCUGCUCAGUAGCUGUUUGGAUAUAAAUCCUAAACUCAACAACUGGGCAUGCCAGCUCAACAAUUCAGGCCUGGAUGCUGCCAGAUCCUUCAUUGACCUAAACGCGGGACACUUGGAGCAGCUUGACUUGGCUUUUUUGCUCAACUUUGGUCCCCUCCAGGAAGUGGUUAUAGAAAAGCUCGGUACUAGGCCAGAGCUUUUUUCAAGCAUUGGCUUGACUGUGACUGAAUACUUAAAACAGGCCCCGCCACAUGACAUGAGGCUGUUUAUCUGGACUCUGGAGGAGCAUAGAGAUGAAUAUGUCUCUUGCCACACUAUACUGGAUGAAUAUUUUGAUAUGAUGGAUGGACAUUGUUCAGUCUUAAAAAAGUCUGAUGAAACUCAAAAUAAUUCUCCUAUGAAGAGUCGGGGCCGGAAAAAGAAACAGAAAGAGCCAAAGGGUGUUAUUGUUUUGUCUGGGAUGAGAAGCGUAACUCAAAGAGAUGAAUGGGACCAAGAAAUAUUUGAAGAUGACUCUUUAUCAUUCCUUCACCCUGUUGAUCCGUUCAGUGUACCCAGUCACCUUCGGGAGCAAGUGGCUGAUUUUGAAGAUCAGUACAACACCACCAGACACAGAAGUCACUAUAAAAAGAUUUUAGACAACAACCCUGACCCGACAAAAGAGAGUUUGUAUGACUACUUUGAUCAAAUCCUGGAGGAGCAUGGUCCCCUCGUAGCUGAGGAUCCUCUGCUAGUGGGAGAACUAGAUAAUUUCCCUCCUGUGGCUCAGCAGAAGAUCCAGGAAGCGGGCGGCUUCGAGUCCUUCCUCUUGGAGUCCCUUCGCUUCAUCAAGAUUGGGAGGUCCAUCGGCCUGGCUAAGCAUGCCGUCUCACUGCAGCAAGCUGGGAACGGGGCCAGCCUGGAUGACCUGGAUGACCUGGACGACCUGGAUGACCUAGAUGAGAUAGGAGAUCCAGACACAUCUGACUUGCAUGCUAGCCAUGACCCAGCUUUCUUAAGCUACCUGGACGGUUAUUCAUCUGCUCAGACUGAAGUCUAUCCCAUCCUCCCAAAUCCCUAUACAUAUGGAGCCCUCCAUCUUCCAGUCAGCCAGUCAGCUACUGGAGUUCCUCUGACAGGUUAUGGUCCCUUUUCCCAUUUGACUAAUGGUGACACUCAACAGCAAGUGCCUUUCUAUUUACCUAAUGACUAUGGGGACCUGGAUCUCUAUACCAGUGAGAUGGACAGUGAAGUUUGGGACGAUCCAAUCAACCAUCCAACCGAUCCCUCUUCAGACGGAGUCGCUUCAAUGAUAACUGAUGAAAUCUUUUCAAAGAAACAUGCGGCAGCACAGACGUGUCAGGAGACCAUGAGGAGUGUAGCAGUGAAUACUGAACCUCAUGAGCCUUUUGAGAGCUGCCCGGGUGACCUUAACAAAAAGGAAAAGAACAACGAGACGUUGCCGGAGGAGAUCAAGAAAAUAUCUACUGGCUGUGACGCUGUCUCCCUCAGGCACAGAGAAGAGCUCGCUUCCCUCGAGGAAGAAGUGCAGAAGAUCAAUGCCAACGUACAAGUGACCAAUAAAGAGCUGGCACUGUUCCAGCACAAGCUGGAGGAGGAGGUGAGGAAGGAUCAAAAGGAGAAGAAAGCCAACCAGGAGGUACUGAAGUCUCUCAAGGUGGAGAUAGAACGGUUGGUGGAGGAACAGGAGAGUCUCGCCAGAAAAAUCCGAGAGAAGAAAUCCAAGUAUGACACAAAGUUUAGUGAUUUCCUGGAGCUGAGCAAUCAAUCAGCCGCUGAGAAGAUGAGUCUGGAGGAUGAGAUCAAGCGCUGUAAGAUCUCAGUUAACUUUGCUACCAGGAGGUCUCUCACAGCUCAGUUGUCAGUAGUGGAGAGCAGUCGGGAUCAGGCUUUAUACGUCCUCUACAGAGAGCUGGCCAACACCAAGGCUUUUCAGAACAAACUGGAUGAAGCCGUACACAUAUUCCCAAACAAGGACCUGGAAAUGACCAGAAGCAACUGCAGAGCCAGCGUCCAAGAAAUCGAAAAGAAAAUCUCCGCUGCGGAGGCACAUUACAAGGAGCAGAUAGAUCAGGUGAAGAAGGGCAGGAGAGUCAGCGAGUUGAUUGCAGUCAGCAUGAACGAGCUUGAACUUUCCGCUGCACCAUUGUCUGUGGCAACCAAAGAGAUUGUCCCGCCACCUUCAGCCUCCAACGUCUCCCCACCGCUCAUCAAGCCGCUUGGGGCCGACACCCCGGCCGGUCUAACUCUGAUGCAGCACAAACCUCCGAUCAGGACCCAGGAGCCUCCACACAACACCGUGUUUGAAAAAGCAAUCGAGCGCCUGGCCACCAUGUUCCCUGACUAUACAAGGCCCGACUUGAUGAGGUUUAUUCAGGAGUUGCGUUCAUCCAGCGGUGGAAGCCUGAACAGCAUGGAGUUGCAAGAUAUGGUUGGCGGAGUGACCCAGCUGAUCCUGGACCAUCAGGAGAAGCUUAAUGCUGGUGCCAAAUUAAACGUCACAGGACGGGGGAGUCCAGCUCAGUAUGGGACCUCCCCAUACGCAGUCCCAGUCUGGCAGACACUUGGACCCCAGAGAGUCACACACUCAAACGCACUGAAUGUCGAGGAUCCUUGUAUCAUCUGUCACGAGGACAUGAGUCCAGACACCAUCUGCGUGCUGGAGUGCAGACACAGCUUCCACAAGGAGUGUAUAAAGUCGUGGCUGAAGGAGCAGAGCACCUGUCCCACAUGCAGAGAUCAUGCAUUGCUGCCUGAAGAUUUCCCCAUGCUGCCCGGGAGGAGGCGCCAAGCUCUGUGAUUUCUUAGAUAUGCUCUCCUCUAUACUUCAUUGAUUACAUCUGAUUUUAUCUUUUAUUUUUACCAGUUAUUUUAUUAUAAUCUCAAAUCUUUUUUGUAUGCUUUAAAUGCUCUAACAUGCAUGGAGAAAACAAUUUAUAUUUCAAAUAAACAAACUGUCUGUUGUGUUUGAAA